GGUAUGAACAAGUGAUAAUUGAUAUACUGGAAAAAUUUCACAUGCAAGAAUAGGACGCAUACAUACACACAUUAUUCUUUUGAUACAAACGCCGAAUAAUUAACCAUGUUCACAGUAACAGCAGCAAUCCAAUCCUAGUGCAAUGGAGGUACAAGUUUGGUUGUGUAUGUGUCUCUUAAUUCAUUACACACUGCAUGCAUCAUGUUAUUCGGGAAAACUUUUGUUUUCAACCUUCUCUCGAAUAAUGGAAUUUGAUUUCGAUACCUAUAGUGCUACUGUACUGUUAGAGCUAGGAAGUACUUCUAAGUAUGCUAUAGACUAUGAUUACCAAAAUAGAUACAUUUAUUUUCCAAGAUACAGUUAUGAUGACAUCGUUCGAUUUGCUUAUCCCUCAAGCAAUACAACAUUACAGACAGUUGUCCAGUCAACGUCAUAUCCAUCAGGAAUAGCUGUUGAUUCAACUAAUGAUCAUCUCUACUGGGUUGAUGAUUAUAGAGGCCAACUCUCAAGAUGCAAUAUAGAUGGAAGCAAUGUAACUGUGCUAUCAACUUUUAUCAAUCCUUGGGUGGAUUUAUAUAGAUGA